AUGUUGAAGGACGCAAGCUAUAGAAUUCAUGACUAUGGCAGGAUUGAAGCCAUCGUAGGCCCAGAAACUGACACCCAAUUCCAGUUCACUGGUAUUAAAAAAAAAAAUGUCAACACUUACACUCUCACAAGUAGAAUGAACCAUGUACAGACCACAUAUGCAGGCUUUGCUUUGGUUAUCCUGUAUUUCAAGUGCAGGUCCAAAAGAGUUGCAGAUGUGAAAGCAACAUUUAUGGAGUCCAACCUGUCUCUACUGCAUCCAUUAUGUUCUCAGCCCUAG